GGUCGGAACAAUCCGCAACUUCCCGUUUACUUCAGAAACCAAUCCGACGCCGCAAAAACAAAAUCUGCGCCGGUUUCUCUAUCGAGCUCUUGACAGGGACCAGCAAUGGCGGAAGUAGAAGAGCAGCCGAACCUUAACCAAGACAGCGGUCCUCUCAACGAAGCCGUUGGAGAAGAAGAACAAGAAACGAAAGCCGCUCCGGAAGCUUACACAUGGCCUGCAAUCAGGUUCGAUGUCCUCCCGCAGAGAGCCUACCACUUCUGCAACCAGUUCAGGGCCGGCCGGAACCCUAACAACUUCUUGAAGGGCCUAAAAUGGUCCCCGGAUGGGUCUUGUUUCCUGACCAGCUGCGAGGACAAUACUCUUCGCGUAUUCACAUUACCAGAUUAUGGAAGUGAUGCUGGUUUUAAUACGAGUCUUUCGGAUGCUGAUGAAGAUUCAUUUCUUGCAAACGUUAUUGUGACGGAGGGAGAAUCUGUCUAUGACUUCUGUUGGUACCCCUACAUGUCAGCUUCAGACCCGGUCAGUUGUGUAUUUGCAACAACUACACGCGAUCAUCCUAUUCAUAUCUGGGAUUCUACUACAGGCCAGCUACGUUGUACAUACAGGGCUUAUGAUGCCGUAGAUGAAAUUACUGCUGCCUAUUCAAUUGCAUUUAACCCCUCCGGGACCAAGAUUUUUGCUGGAUACAACAAAUCUGUAAGAGUAUUUGAUGUACAUCGCCCUGGUAGAGAUUUUAAACAAUUCUCCACACUUCAAAAAGAUAAAGAAGGUCAAACAGGAAUUAUAUCAGCAAUUGCUUUCUGCCCCUCUCAUACUGGGCUGCUAGCAACGGGCUCUUAUAGCCAAACUACAGCAAUCUUUAGAGAAGAUAAUAUGGAACUCUUGUACGUUUUACAUGGCCAACAAGGUGGAAUUACCCAGGUCAUGUUCUCGAAAGAUGGAAAUUAUUUGUAUACAGGAGGCAGGAAAGAUCCUUAUAUCCUGUGCUGGGAUGUUCGGAAGGCUGCAGAUGUUGUGUAUAAAUUGUACAGGUCAUCUGAAGACACCAACCAGCGGAUGCUGUUCGAUAUCGAACCAUUUGGUCAAUUCCUCGGGACUGGGGGUCAGGAUGGCCUAGUUCAUAUAUACGAUCUGCAGAGUGGGCAGUGGAUUUCGGGAUUUCAGGCUUCAUCAGAUACGGUGAACGCUUUCUCUUUCCACCCCUUCCUUCCGAUGGCCGCCUCUUCCUCGGGACAGAGGAGGUUUGAAGUUCCUGAUGACAUGGACGAGGAAGUGCGUCUGGGAAUGGAUGAAAACUGUGCUUCGGUGUGGAGCUUCUCUUUUGAUCCCGUAACAGAAGAUACUACCAUGGUAAAUAGCGCACUCUGAUGAUGGCAUUAUAUAUCAACAUCAUUUGAUGUGCGCCAACUAGGUCAUUUCUGUUGAUGACAUGAUCUAGUUAAAUCAUGGUCUCAGUGUAUUAUCAUGGAAUCUAUGUCAGUUGGAAACUCUACUGCUGGAUGUUGAUCGAUGUAUUCAUUCUUGAGUGCAUUAAAUAGGCUAUGUCUGGUUGUGGAGCUAAAAAUUCUCUACAUAACUCAACUUUUUCUUCAAUUCAACAACACAAUAAUUAUUAUUU